UGCAUGCAUCCAUGUCCCCGUAACUUAACCUAGACUUGCUAGACUUGUUCUUCUCUGACGGAAGACCGGAGUCGGAUCAAAGGUUAUCCGGUCAGCCGGGAGCUUCCUCUCUCUCUCUGCCUCUCUCUCUCUCUCUAUCAGCUGUCAGCCAGUUCAGCUGUAACUCUCAAGGUUAGAGGGUGAGUCCAAUCUCCUACGGAAAGUCCCCGAGGUUGAAAUGCAUUGCCAGAAUUGGCGCCAAGCUACCCCGAAGUCUGGUAUUCUCCUGAUGAAGCCUCGGACAUGUGCCGGCUGUCGACCUCGACUUUGGAUGCUCCCUUUGUAUGUGAUGGAGGUUGACAAAGUUGGCAGGGUCGUCAUCCCUUUAAUACUGAGCAAUGACUGAAUGGAUAGAACACCGAAGCUAUGUACAGUAUAAACUAUCGAAUUUCCAACAUAAACGGCAAUUAUUCCCCUGCCCAAAAAGGCAAUUCUUUUGCAGGAGAUCUCCUUGACCUUAUCCCUCCCUAUCUCUCUUCUCUCUUCCCUUGAACUAUCCCGCUCUCGUGAGCGGCGGACCUCGGCAUCUCGGUCAAGUCUCCGUCUCCACGUUCAAUCUCUCUCUCUCUCUCUCGACUUGACUUGACCUUACUCCAGACUCUUUGACUCCAUUCGCGUUACUUACUUACCUUUCCCCCAGCUUUUUCUUACCCGUUCCUGGUUAAAACUUAACUUAACUUUUGCAUCUACAUCUCCAUCUUCCUCUUUCCCAUCAGUAAUUGCUGGUUUCUUACUGGUGAAUCGUAAUUCUUCGUAUAUUACAACUGUCGCACACUAUCAAUACUCUCUCCACCUACCUAUUCUCGAUACCAUCGCCAUCAUGGUCGCUGACGCUCUCGUUUACCACCCCACGGUAGCGCACUACCUGCGCUACAUGGCCACAACCCUCGGUCGCGACAAGCUCAUGCGAGUUCUUCAGUAUUUCGCCCGCUUCUACGCAUGGUAUCUCCUCCGCACAAACGCAACCCCCGACAAGGUCGCCCCUUGGAACGCCCUCAAGAAGCAGUUCGGCCUGUUCCGAAAGGUCUUCCGAGCCGGAAAGUUCGUCGAGCACUACAAGGCCGCUGCCACCGCUUCCGACUCCAAGUCCCUCGACCCCGUCCUCAAGUACACCCAGGUCGGUCGCCAGCUGGGCUAUGCUGGUUACCUCACCUGCGAUGCCCUCACCAUUCCUGAUGCUGCCGGUAUCAGGAAGUGGCAGCAUGCCAAGCGCCUUCAGCAGGAGGCUUAUAGAUCCUGGGCUAUUGGUAUCGCCUUUAGCAUCAUUGGUCAGCUGUACACUCUGCGACAGCUGAGCGUGCGCGCAUCAAAGGUUGAUCUCAAGGAGGGUGAGGGUGUUGUCGAGAGCAAGACCAUCUCCAUUGAGCGCGCUGCCGCCAAGAAGCAACUCCUCUGCGAUCUUUGCGAUAUCCUCGUUCCCGUCUCCGGUCUCGGAUGGGUUUCCUUCCUCGAUGACGGCAUCGUUGGUCUUACUGGUACCUUGAGCAGUGUCAUCGGUGUCUACACCCAAUGGAAGAAGACUGCUUAAUCUUGAACACAAACCAAAACCCAACAAUACCCGAUACCAUAUUUAUACACCCUUCGUAAUUCCUUAUAAAGCGCGUCAAACUGUUCUCUGUUCGGUCCGGCAUCUUUCUUUUUGUACUAUACGGGGGCGACACGGUUGGGUUGUUGUCCAAAGUAAAUCACGAGUAUCAGAUUCACUCGUUGUGCAGUAAUGCCAUGUCAAUUUGAACAAUACAAAAGCAAAAGUUGGAUUAUUUUGACCCUUUUCAGUGAUAAAAGCAAAAACUACCUAGCAAAUAACGACUCUUACCGAGUGGUCCCAAAAUCUUCCUCCAGGUUAUAUAGUAUAAGACAAAAUAAAAGCAAAUAAGCAAACCCUCACCCACGACGGCUUCCUAGUAGUCAUACACUAU